AUGUCUUCGUUUCUGACGCCCAGUCGAAAGCCCGGCGCCGCGGCGAGCCCGGCCAAGUCGGCCUUUGCACGCCCCAACGCCGUCCGGGCCUUGAGGGAGCGCGAGGAACGCCGCCAGAUGCAGCAGGCCCUGGGCCGGGGCCAGUCCCUCUCGGCCUCCUCGGCGGCCAGCGUCGCCGUUCCCGCUCGCCAGCAGUGCCCUAACAAGGCCUGCCCGAAGCCCAACGUCGUCGACGGCACCUGCCAGACGUGCGGCCGCGUCGCCGACGACAGCAACAUCGUGGCCGAAGUCCAGUUUGGCGAGUCCUCUUCGGGCGCGGCCGUCGUCCACGGCUCCUUCGUCGGAGCCGACCAAGCCGGCGUCCGCAGCAUGGGCCCGGCCUUCCGGCGCGUCGGCGGCACGGAGGACCGCGAGAAGAGCAUCCGCGAGGCCCGCGGCCUCAUGCAAGGCUACGCCCAGCAGCUCAACGUGAGCGAGAGCCUCGUCACGGCCGGCACGCAGGUCUUCAAGCUCGCCUCGGGCGCCAACUUCAUCCAGGGGCGCACGCUCUCCAGCGUCGCCGCCGUCUGCCUGUACGCCGCGUGCCGCGCCGAGCCCCCCUGCAAGGUCAUGCUGAUUGACCUCGCGGAUCUGGUGCAGCUCAACGUGUUCAAGCUCGGGCGCAUCUUCAAGAAGCUCAACGAGGUCGUGCCCAUCGGCAACGACGGCCUCAUCCCAGUGUACCCCGAGGACCUGAUUUGGCGCUUCGCAACCAAGAUGGAGUUUCACCAGGACACGGCCAAGGUGGCCGAGGACGCCGUCAGGCUCGUCAAGCGCAUGAGCCGAGACUGGAUGGUCAUGGGUCGACGCCCGUCCGGCAUCUGCGGCGCCUGUCUGCUGAUGGCGGCCCGCAUGCACAACUUCCGCCGUACGGUCCGCGAGGUCGUCUACAUUGUCAAGGUGACCAACCACACUAUCCAGAACAGGCUCCAGGAGUUCAACGUCACCGAGUCCAGUCAGAUGUCGGUCGAGGACUUUCUGAAGCAGGACUUUCUCGAGAGCUCGCACGACCCGCCCUCGUUUUACCGAAAGUCAGACGAGUACAGAAGGACGGCGGAGGCCAAGUCGCGCAAGACAAGGCAGGGCGCGAAUCAAGAUGACGGCGACGGCGGCGAGGACGGCGUCGACGCGGCCCUUCGUCAACCGAGAACGGCCCAAGGAGGCGCCGACUUGUCCAAGGCGCCCGCUAUCAAAUUUCGCCGCGACGCCGACGGAUUCAUCAUCCCCCCAAUGCCCUCUCAGAUUGCAAAAGACGUGCCGAGCAUCCGCGUCGACGACGACGACGACGACGACGACGACAACGAGGGCGCGGGCAGAGGCGACGCGGCGGAUAACCUGGAGAGACUGGCCAACGAAUUCGGCGACGCCAUGGACGACGACGAGCCGGACCAGGCCGAGGGCGAGGGCGAGCAGCAGUCUGCCGGCAAGGGCAAACGCCCUGCGGAUCCGCGACUCCCCAUUGACGAGGAUUGGGAGGCGGACGAGCGAGAGCUCGAGGGCCAAAUCGAGGAAAUGUUCAACGAUCCGCUCACCUAUGAGCACGCGCUUGCGUAUUCCAACGCCGAACAGCGCGCCAGGAUCCACUCCCACUGGGCUCUGCAGCAGCGGCCGUCCAGGGCCGUGUCCAUGGCCGAGGACGUCACCGAGGACGAGUUCGCCGACGACCCCGAGGUGCAGAACUGUCUGCUCUCGCCGGACGAGGCCCGUAUCAAGGAGCUCAUCUGGGUGAACCAAAACAAGGACUGGCUGCGACAGCGCCAGGAGAAGCUGUUCCGGAAAAAGGUGGAAGCGGAGCGGCCGAAGCAGACGCGUCGCCGCCGGAAGCGCGCCAGGAUUGGCGAGGGCCAGACCAGCCCCGCGAGCUCUGCGGCCGAAGCUGCCGUCAAUGUUGCCAAAGACAGGGCCUGGUCGAAGCGGAUCAACUACGAUGCCAUCCGCAGCAUCUUUGACAUUCCCAACGCGGCCGGUCUGGGAUCGGCGGCGACGAGUCGCAAGACCAGCCUGGCGGGCAGCACGUUUGGCGGCGACGACGCCAACGAAGAAGACCCGGCGGGCAGUGUUGCCGGCGACGACGAAGCCCGGGAAGGAGAUGAAGAUUACGAGGAGCACGAGGAGGGGCGCCGUGGCGGCGGCGAGUUCGAGGGCGGAUACGACGACGAUGCCGACAUGGACGCGGAAUAUGGCCUGGAGGACGAUGGGUAG